GCUGCCGUGUCUCGCACUUUGGAGAUCUAGUGUUUUUAUAUCUAGGGUGUACGGCCCGCUGGAAGAGGCCCAUGUCUGAAAAACCAGACAGACUGACGCUAAUAUUUCGACACAAAGCUAGCUGUUGUACACCAGGAGCUCAUCAAGAUGGAGAGCGAGUGGAAGCCCGACGAGCACGGACUUCGACAGAUUUUACAGCUUCUCAAAGAGUCCCAGUCGCCAGAUACUUCCACACAGAGGUCCGUCCAGCAAAGACUUGAGCAGUUGAACCAGUACCCAGACUUCAACAACUACUUGAUAUUUGUUUUGACAAAGCUAAAAUCAGAAGAUGAGCCAACACGCUCGUUGAGUGGACUGAUACUCAAGAACAAUGUGAAAGCCCACUAUCACAACUUUCCUAAUGGUGUAUCUGAGUUCAUCAAGAGCGAGUGUCUCCAAAACAUCGGAGAUCCUUCUCCCCUCAUCCGAGCUACUGUGGGUAUCCUAAUCACCACCAUUGCCUCUAAAGGAGAACUCCAGAACUGGCCGGAGCUUCUGCCUAAACUCUGCCUGUUGUUGGAUUCUGAGGACUACAACACAUGUGAGGGAGCUUUUGGGGCCCUGCAGAAGAUCUGUGAGGACUCUGCUGAGAUCCUGGAUAGUGACAUGCUGGAUCGUCCACUAAAUAUCAUGAUCCCAAAGUUCUUGCAGUUUUUCAAGCACAACAGUCCUAAGAUUAGGUCUCAUGCCAUCGCCUGUGUCAAUCAGUUCAUAAUUAGCAGGACUCAGGCUCUAAUGCUUCACAUCGAUCCGUUCAUUGAGAACUUGUUUGCCCUGGCAACAGAUGAGGAACCAGAAGUGAGGAAGAAUGUCUGCAGGGCUCUUGUCAUGCUUUUGGAGGUCCGCCUGGACCGUCUCCUGCCACACAUGCACAAUAUUGUAGAGUACAUGCUACAGAGGACACAAGACCAAGAUGAAAAUGUAGCCUUGGAGGCCUGUGAGUUCUGGCUUACUUUGGCGGAGCAGCCAGUAUGUAAGGACGUCCUGUGUGGACAUCUGCCUCAGCUCACCCCAGUGCUUGUCAAUGGGAUGAAGUACUCAGAGAUUGACAUUAUCCUACUCAAGGGAGACAUUGAGGAAGAUGAGGCAAUUCCUGACAAUGAGCAAGACAUCAGACCACGCUUCCACCGGUCUCGCACAGUUGCCCAGCAGCAUGAAGGUGAUGGCAUCGAAGAUGAUGACGAUGAUAAUGAUGAAUUGGAUGAUGAUGACACUAUCUCCGACUGGAACCUGCGCAAGUGUUCAGCAGCGGCGUUGGAUGUGUUGGCCAACGUGUUCAGGGAUGAGUUGUUGCUGCACCUUCUUCCUCUACUCAAAGAGCUGCUCUUCCACCCGGAGUGGGUUGUUAAAGAAUCUGGCAUCCUUGUGCUGGGCGCUAUAGCUGAAGGCUGUAUGCAGGGCAUGAUCCCAUACCUGCCUGAGCUCAUCCCACAUCUCGUCCAGUGUUUGUCUGACAAGAAGGCCCUGGUGCGUUCUAUCACCUGCUGGACCCUGAGCCGCUAUGCCCACUGGGUUGUCAGUCAGCCUCCAGAUAUUUACUUGAAGCCCCUAAUGACCGAACUCCUCAAACGUAUUCUAGACAGCAACAAGCGUGUGCAGGAGGCUGCUUGCAGUGCCUUUGCCACUUUGGAGGAGGAGGCAUGUACAGAGCUGGUGCCAUACCUGGCAUUCAUCUUGGACACUCUGGUUUUUGCUUUCAGCAAGUACCAGCACAAAAAUCUGCUAAUUCUUUAUGAUGCCAUAGGAACACUUGCAGACUCUGUGGGGCACCACCUGAAUAAACCGGAAUAUAUCCAAAUGUUGAUGCCACCAUUGAUCCAGAAAUGGAACCAGUUAAAAGAUGAAGACAAAGAUCUGUUUCCUUUAUUAGAAUGCUUGUCAUCUGUAGCCACUGCCCUGCAGAGUGGCUUCCUGCCCUACUGUGAGCCUGUAUAUCAGCGCUGUGUGAAUCUGGUCCAGAAAACUCUGGCUCAGGCCAUGCUUCAUCACUCUCAGCCAGACCAGUACGAGGCCCCCGACAAAGACUUCAUGAUCGUGGCUUUAGAUCUGCUGAGCGGACUAGCUGAGGGUUUAGGAGGCUCCAUUGAGCAGCUGGUUGCUCGUAGCAACAUCCUCACGCUUAUGUACCAGUGCAUGCAGGAUAAAAUGCCAGAGGUGCGUCAAAGUUCUUUUGCUCUGUUGGGAGAUUUGACCAAGGCCUGUUUUCAGCAUGUCAAGCCUUGCAUUGCUGAUUUUAUGCCCAUACUGGGUACAAAUCUAAACCCAGAGUUCAUAUCAGUGUGCAACAAUGCAACAUGGGCAAUUGGGGAAAUAUCUAUACAAAUGGGGCCUGAAAUGCAACCAUAUAUCGGCAUGGUACUGCAUCAGCUGGUGGAGAUCAUUAACAGGCCCAACACUCCAAAGACUCUGCUGGAGAACACAGCAAUAACAAUUGGUCGUCUUGGUUACGUUUGUCCUCAAGAGGUGGCACCCAUGCUACAGCAGUUUAUAAGACCCUGGUGCACCUCUCUGCGGAAUAUAAGAGACAACGAGGAGAAAGACUCUGCAUUUAGAGGAAUUUGCACAAUGAUCAGUGUCAAUCCAGGUGGUGUGGUGCAGGAUUUUAUAUUCUUCUGUGAUGCAGUGGCCUCCUGGGUUAAUCCAAAGGAUGAUCUCAGAGACAUGUUCUACAAGAUCCUACACGGAUUUAAGAACCAAGUGGGAGAGGACAAUUGGAGGCGCUUCUCAGAUCAGUUCCCCAUGCCGCUGAAAGAGCGGCUGGCAUCCUUCUACGGGGUGUAACCCUUUCCGCAGGCGUGCGCUUCAUGUCCGAGGUCCUUUACUGUGUAGGAAACCUCUUUUACCCAGGGAACGUACUGCCCUCGACUGGGGGGGGAAGGGUCUGCCUGCUAAGGGGUGGGAAGGGAUGCUGUGCUCUCCCCAUCCUGGAUGUUGGGGUGGGAGGGAGGUGGUGGCUGCAGCACUCAGUGUCCCUACGCACAGGCAAGGGGGAAAAGUACUGGCAGAAAAUCUUCAUCGUGGGAGGAAAAUUAAUAUAAUCUCAUCUCGGUCACAAAUGUCUCCUUAUGUUGCCACUUUCCCCCCUGCCCAAAAUGUUUUUUUCUGUUUGCUCACGUACACUACUGACAAGAAAUGUAAACAAAAAAUGGCGAAAGUGCUGCAAAUCUCGACAACAGCAUCUGCCGUUAAAUUGUGAUUAAGGGUGGGGGGGCAGUGUGCACACGGUGAAUGGUCAGUGCGGGAAGUGUUCAGUGUGCAUUUAUAAUCCGUUUAGCCCCUCCUCUGUGAGAGGCAGCUUUCAAGAAAAGCAUUCAAACAAAUGUCAUGGGAAUAAUUUGAAGGUAAAACAUAUUUGCUCUAAACACAAAGCUAGGUUUUAGCUAAAGAAUAGCAUCUGAGGCUGUGAACGACUCGUUUGGGAUCUGACUGUAGAAUAUAUCUUACAACACCACAUACCACUAAAAAGUUGUCAGCUGUGUAGUAUCGGAUCAUUUCAGUACUUGUAACUGUCACACGGAAUAUGUGUUGCUGUUCUUUACUCAGGCAAAUGCUGUUAAAUUACGUUUGCGGGGAGCAGAAGAUUAGAGUUGAAGUACGGUUUCUGUGCACCAUGCCUGUAUGAAAGUGGGAAGCUGUAGAACUUGUUUGUUUGUUUUGAUGGCUGCCAUUACCCUGUGAUAAGGUCCUUUGACCUUGUAAUUUGUUUCUCCUCUCAUUUUCUCACUGACUUAACAGUGGUCAGCUGUAAUGUAGCAUAAUUGGGUUUACACAGAAUUUAGGGAAUGUGUAAGAUUGUGACUGUGAGGCUGUGAUGUUGGUGUGAAUCCCUGCCUUUGUGCUGGCAAUGUGAUGUGCUCUGCACAUAGAUGUUCAUCAGCAAGUGUAUCAUCGCUUAUAAGCCUUUUCAUCGAGUCUCGUGAAGGGAAAAACCAGACGCACGCGUACUGGUCGUCAUUCUCGUUUUCCGGUCUUGUACAGUAAAGACACCAGUCUCCUGAUAGUGGCUGUCGGAAACAAUACAAACCAUCAAAUCUGUGUUAAAUGUGUUUUCUUUAGAGUACGGGGGUUUAUAUUGGUCGUCGGCUUCUUGUGUUAAAAGCAUGAUAGUGAGGAUCGCUGUAAUUCUGUGGGUGGUUGUGCUUUGUGAUGUACUUGGAUGCUUUCAUCUUUUGCAUGUUGGUGGCCCCUCACACUUCAGCAUAGAGUGGGAUGGGGAGACUGGGAGGGAGGGGCGCUUCCAUCAGCUAUCAAGUUUAAAAAGUUCACAAUAACCAUUUCUGUAUCAACACUAGGACUUCAUCAACUUCUCGACUCUCACCGGGGUGGUCUCCUUAAACUCUUACCCUGUAGCUGGAUGUAUAGAGUUUGAAUACUGUGAAUAUGCAAUGUAUCUUUGGUUGUUUUGCCCUGUGUUUUUUUUUUUUUUUUUUUUGUGUAAGUGUUUUUUAGCCUGAAUGUAUUCCAUGAUGGAUUGGAGAUAUGAAGUAUUUUUUAUAUAUCUAUAUAUAUUUUUUUUUUCUUCUCUCAUGCCGAGGUACUCAAUGUAUUUUCUUCUGCUGGCCAGAGAAGUAAUGGUAGGUUUUUUUGUUUUGUUUUAAACCCUUUGCGAUGCAUGUGACAGGUGGAUUUGUAGAUGCUCAGAAUGAAUGCAGUACACUUCAGAAUAUGAACUCACUGUUGACACAGAUCACAAGACUGUUGCUGCUAAAUUAUAAUCGUAUAAUGCAACGAGAAGGGAACUUGGACUGCACACCUCUGCUGGAGUAAUUGUGGCCCAGUGCCAUAUUGAAGGAGGAAACCUAGUCUGUAUACACAUAUACAGAACCUAAUGUAAACUUACUACGAAAAACCAAAUCACAGGAUACUAGAAACAUUGAGACUGUGCAUGUGUGUGGUAUAGUAUCUCCCCUGUAUCAUUUUGAUGUCAACAUUAACUCAAAAAUUUGUAGUUAAGGCAAGAGGGAGAGAGAAAGGCAGGAAAUGAGGUCUGGUCCCCAUCACCACGAAAACGGCUGGUUCUUCAUCGAAGGACUGUAUCGCUACAAAAUAUAGUCAACACAUGUCAGUUACUUGAGAUAUCUUGUAGUUAAUCAAACAGACAAAUAGGGAUGACCACAGGGUGCAGUUGUUAGUGGCCAGUAAUAGUUUUCUGGAAAUAACCAGAUUUCCAGAAUUGCAAAACAUCACUCUUGGACGUUGUUGCGUCAACAUGUGCAUUUGACUAACUGGUGUUCUUAAAGAAACCUGUAACUGCCGUUGGUGCUAACUGCUGUUACCGUUAGUAUGUGAGGUAAAGCAGGGAGCUUGCCCCCCCCCCAAAAUAAAACAUUGUUAUUGGAGGUACACCUCCACCUUCCACUGUUGGUAAGUGGAAGUAAUAAAUAUCCUAAUGUGAAUAGGUCUUGAUAUUGUGAAAUUAGCCCUGUUUGUAUACAUUCAGAUCGUAAAAUAUAUUUAAUCGUUCUCCUGGUCAAUUCGAACACUGUUGUCAAUACAUGACAUAAAGCAUCAUGGAAUACAGAGGCAAUUAUGCAUUUGUUUAUGUGCUAUGUCCUUUUGUGUUCUGAAGUUGAAGUAAUUUUGUCUGUCACAUUCCAGCAUGUUUAAAAAAAAAAAAGUAAUCAUGGCAUGAUGGUGGGGGGGGGGGGGGGGGUGGCUGCAGCCAUGUCUCUGUCUACAAUGAAUCACAUGCUCCCAUCAUUAUUGUGCUGUAUCUCUGACGUGACUGCUGCUAUACGUACAUUGUAGUUGUUUCACUACUUGAAUGUUUUAUGGAUUAACCUCAGGUUGUCUGUGUCCAGUGUUGUUGUGUUUUUUUUUUUUUUUUUUCCUCCCCUUUAUGUGCGCCUUUAUAUGCAGCUCCUUGACAGUUGAGGUUAGUAAAGCUUCUGGCCUUCAUACCUGCGUGUUAAUCGACACAGACCUGUAAUUACAAUCAGAGGGAAAGAAUAAAUUGGAAAUGUUAACUUGCUCAUACUUUUUAUUUAAUCAAAUUUGAUUGUAAUCACUCUAUGGCAGAUAUGUAGAUCAAUGCGUAAACAAUGCCAUGAAGAAGUGGGGUUUUUUUUUAUGAGAAUUUAGCUUUUUUUUUUUUUUUUCCUUCAGUAUAUACAGUAUUGUGUAUUGAAAAAACUAUUUCGAAUAAGGCGACUUCUAUCAAUUUAAUGUUUGCAAAUUUUGACUUUCUAUGAAGUUUUAUUGAAAAUUUGCAUUUUGUAGGUUAUCUGCCCAUAUAAAAAGAGUCAAAUUAUAUUGUUUAGCCUUCAGACUAUUGGACUGCCUUCAUCAUUUUUACUAAUGUUAGAAAAGCCAUCAGUUUACUAGACAUUUUUUUUGUUUUGUUUUGUUUUUAAAUAAGCUGCUGCUGUAUUAAAAAUACUUUUGGGGCCACCAAAUAUUUUGGAUCAUGCAAAGAAUCUAUAUUGUACUGUUGUAAUUUUGUAACAAUAUUUGUAAGAUGAUUAUAGUGGGUGUGACUGGUUGCCAUUGCUUGAAAUCUGUACAUUGUUUGGAAUAAAUUGUUUACAUUA